GUAGAGUGACUGUGGGCCUGGGGCAGUGCAGGAGUGGUAUAAAAGCAGGCCCAACUCCUCACUCAGUCAUCCACUCGUCUUGCCUCCAUCUCCCUGGGAACGAGGUGCCCCUCCAGACACAAGACAUGUCCUGCUACGACCAGUGCCUGCCGCGCCUGCCCUGCCAGCCCUGCGGCCCGACCCCGCUGGCCAACAGCUGCAACGAGCCCUGCGUCAGGCAGUGCCAGGACUCCAGUGUCUUCAUCCAGCCCUCUUCCGUGGUGGUGACCCUGCCCGGACCCAUCCUCAGCUCCUUCCCACAGAACACCGCCGUGGGAUCCUCCACCUCCGCUGCCGUUGGCAGCAUCCUCAGCUCUGAGGGUGUGCCCAUCUCCUCUGGAGGCUUUGGCCUCUCUGGGCUUGGCAGCCGCUACGGUGGCAGGAGGUGCUUCCCCUGUUAAAGCUGCUGGUGAUGGCCCUAGAGGAAGAUCCCCAGGGCACACGAAGUCUUUGUGGGGCUUGAGACAGAGCAUUGGACCAGCUCAGUCGCACCAAAAACGUUGAGGUGUGACUGCCUUUCCACUCUUCCGUUUCUCUUCUCCUUCCUGUGCCGUUACUGCUCACCAUCUUCUCUUCUGGACAGUCAUUCUCACAAAGCCCAUGUAGGGAGGACAUGGUGGCCCUUCACCUUCUGUGGAAAGCUCAGAUGGACAGGCAGCAGAACAUCUACCAGCUUCACGCAUUGCAGGCUGUCAUCUGCUCCUGGUGAUUCCUGCACGAGCAACCUCCAUGUUCUUGCUUCAUUAAAGUUGACUGCAUCUUAA